AGUGAAAUCAUCAACAGAGGGAGGGGGAGUACCAAAAGAAUAGCAGUGAGCUUACCUUGGGUUUGCAUCGAUGUUUGCAGGUAUGGCAAUGUUGCCUGCUGCUUUUAUUUUGGUAAAGAAACUUGGGAGGGAAGGGAAGGAAUGGAACUGUCACCUUCAUCGUGAAAAGAAGAGAAAAGAAAAAGAUUACUCAGUGAUUGACUUCCCUUUAGAAAUCAAAAACUUAGCCCUUAAGGACUUUGAGGAUUGGGGAAGUAGUGGCGGAGAUGGUGGAGUUUGGGAAGAGAAUGCAGUGCACACUAUAAUCGAUGUCGAUGAAGAGAAGAAGGAUUCCGAGAGUGGUCACCAAGAGAUUCCUCUUUCGGAUACAGAACAGGAGAGCAUUGCAAUAUCAGAUGAUUCUGAGAGAGGUCACCAAGAGAUUCUUCUUUCGGAUACAGAAGAAGAAAGCAUUGCAUUUUCCGAUGAUUAUUCUGUAGCUGAAGAAUUUCUAUUGCCUAGUACUGACUCUUCCCCCUGGAAUGAUUCAGAAAGCAUGAGCAACAGUGACGAUCAGGAAAAGUCAUUCUCAACGUCAACGGAAUCAUCGUUGUCCACUGUAUUAUCGACAGAUGAUGGAGAGGAAGAUUCAUCAAUCCAAUCAUCGACAUCAUCGAUGUUGUCGGCAGCUGAAGAUUUUCCAUUGCCUAGUAUUGACUCUUAUGAAGAAAAGUUAUUCUCAACGUCAACGGAAUCAUCAUUGUCCACUGUAUCAUCAACAGAUGAUGAAGAGGAAUACUUAGCAAUCCAAUCAUCAACAUCAUCAAUGUUGUCAGCAGCCGAAGAAUUUUCCAUUGUCUAUGUUAGAAUAUCAACAUUUAUUUUAGAAAAUUAGUAUUUAUAUUAAAAUAUUAUAUUCGCA